AUGUCACAUGAACGAUAUCGUACACACGACUAUCACAAAGUCAGGUCGUUCUUCCGAGAUAGCUGGGUUGAAGUUCCUGACACAGAAUCUCGUUCAAGAAUGAUGAGGCCACGAUCUGUGAUUAGGCCGAUGGAGACCAUAGACCUCGAGUUAAAGGAGGAGAAGACAACGGAAUCAACUGCAUCUACAGCUAAAGAUGAAGAGGAGGAUUGCGGUAGAGUAUCAGAAGUCGUGGAGAGCGAGGCAACCCUCGCCAACUCAGAGACAGAUAAUCAGAAGAUUUACGACGACUGGAAUUCCAAGGCUGAGCAGCUCCCAAAGAAGCCAUAUGGAUUUGUGCCCGCAUCUGCUAUCUAUCAUUACGAAGACUUGUUGGACACAUACAAGGGGAAAGAUAAACAACAACACGGUUCGCCGACCCUCGAUGAAUGGUACUACCAAUUCGCUCAAGAAGAUAACGAAGCCAUAAACGACCAGAGCAGUAGGAACGAGAGCCAGGUUGUUAGCAAGUAUCUGAGAGAGAAUGAGACGGAAGAUGAUAAGGGUGUUGAUACAGAGCCUAAUCAGUGGGCAGGCGUGCGUGUUAACCAGGUCUGGAUCUGGACUAUCUCAACAGAUUGGGUUAUCACUGCUACCUCAUCGCCAUUAAGUGGAAACCCUGACAUACUUGUCGAAGAGAUUCUGAAUUCUUUAAGCAAGCAAGGAGAAUACGGCGGCAGCGGCGCACAGCCUGUGUCCGCCGCUGAACUAGUACCGGCAAUAAUUGACCAUUGCAUCGGCUCGUAUGAGAGAAGACCCAACGAUAGUGAGCGUAUAUACAUCAGGCAAACCUUCUCUCACUAUAUCAACAGAAUUGGCAGGAAGGAAACGACUCUAUUUGAUGACUUCCGUGCAUGGUCACCAAGCGAGCAUCAACAGAAUACAAAUAUCAAACAAAAGGAGAAAUCAUUUUCUCCAACUGAAAGCGUGGUUGGGUGGCCGAGUUCAUCAACUACCAUAGAAAGCAACACCCAAACUAUGCAGACGGCGGUCCAGACUCACAACCAUGGCCAUGAUAUCAGUGCAGCCAUCAAGAAGGCUAAAGAUCUGUACUGUGACAUCAAAGACGUCCGCGACGAGCUCAACAUCCUCAAGUCCGUUGCUCAAUACCAACAGAUCGUGCAAAGAGGACUUGCUAGCAAGGAGGUAGAUGAAUCCCGGUUUUCUUCAACGUAUGUCGUCAAGGAUCUGCGAGAGCUUGAUUCCAUCGCUGAGAGAAUACAGCUGGUGAUCAACACAACUCUUUCACUUCAGCAGAGUCAGGUUGCGAAUCGUCAAGCAACUGAAGCCACCAGACAAGGCAAAACAGUUAUGACUUUUACGUUUGCGACUGUUUUGUUCCUUCCCCUGUCGUUUCUGUCUUCCUUGUUUGCCUUGGACGCUGCCUCGUUCCAACAGGCUCCAGCUUGGGCUUUCUAUAUUAUCUUCCUUGUGUCUAUUGGUAUAUCUACGAUCUUAGGCCUUGGCGUCUUGUAA